AUGGACCCGGUUAGCAUCCACUUGCGUCUUGCGAGAGAUGAAAUCAUGAAAAUGACAGAUGCAGCAGCGUUAGAGAAGGAAUUUGGAGUUGUUACCUAUAAUGACUGGGUGAUUUCUGCUCUACAAAGUUUUUGCCUUUUCGACAUGGAACUUUGCUUUCAGCUUCCUAAGUUCUUCCAGAAUGUAAACCGAAGAUGGCUUCUUGUACUCGGGGUGGUGGCUGUAACUCACACACUGUUUCAGUUUCUAUUGCUUCCUUAUGGAAAUGCUCUUCGCUCUCUGUUUCCCAAUGUAAAUGAUUCAAUGUAUGAUAAAAGCAGCUUCGCUGUCAUACAGUCUUCCAAAAAGUCUGUCAUGGUCCGCUACCCUCUCACGGUUGAUAAGUCGAGCUUGAAUAAUUAUUUCAAGUUUGAUGGGGUGCUAGAAAACGCUGAUGAUUCCAAUGGUGGUGUAGAAGAGGGUCACGAUGACGGAACAAAGAAAAAUACUGAAGACACAGAUCAUGACUUUUCAUCAGAGGAAGGGGACAUGGAGGUCCUGGAUGAUGUCAUCCAGCUUGAGGUGGAUAGAGAUUUGGAAGAUGAUUUUCCAUCUGAGGAUGUUAAGGAUAGACAUGAGACUUUUGCAUCGGGCGGAGUCAAAACUGAAGAAAGUAACCCUGUCCUGAAAUUGGCAAAUGAAGCCAGAUUCAACCUUCCUCUUGAGAGGAAUGUGAAAUCAGACCAUGAUAUUCCGACAGACAAUGUACUGCAACAAAAUAAAAGUCAAGCACAUAAAGAGUUUGAGCAUGUGAACUCUACUCUUCCUGUAGACUCUCAAGCAGUGGCUUCAUCCACAAAGGCCACCUAUUUGAAGUCAAAUGGAAGUUCCUCUAUUGGUCCUGCUGCCUUAAAAAGCGAUUCUGCAGCCGCAAAAAAUUAUUCUGUAGUGCUGGCCAAACCUGGGAAAAAAAAGAUGAGGUGUGAGAUGCCACCAAAAUCAGUAACAUUAAUAGAUGAAAUGAACAGUAUUUUAGUGCGGCACCGUAGGUCUUCACGCUCGAUGAGACCAAGAUGGUCCUCUGCACGUGAUCAGGAGAUUUUGGCUGCCAGGUCCCAGAUUGAAAGUGCUCCAGCUGUGGUGCAUGAUCGAGAUCUUUAUGCUCCUCUCUUUCGAAAUGUUUCCAAGUUUAAAAGGAGUUACGAACUCAUGGAACGCACCCUGAAGAUCUAUAUCUACAAGGAUGGAAAAAAACCCAUUUUUCAUCUACCAAUAUUGAAGGGACUGUAUGCCUCAGAAGGAUGGUUUAUGAAACUUAUGCAGGGAAAUAAGCAUUUUGUAGUGAAAGACCCCCGAAAGGCUCAUCUGUUUUAUAUGCCAUUCAGUUCGCGAAUGCUAGAAUACACCCUCUAUGUGGAGCAGAUCAUUUCCUUGUUGCCUGCCAUGACUGGGUAUGCCUUUUUUGUGUCCCUCGUUGUCAUGGCUCCAUAUGAAACAAGGCACCAUAUGGAACAUUGCAUCAAAGCAUUGUGCAAUGCUGAUGUCACUGCUGGCUUCAAAAUAGGGAGGGAUGUGUCUUUUCCUGAAACAUAUGUUCGGUCUGCUAGAAAUCCCCUCCGAGAUCUUGGAGGAAAACCGCCUUCUCAGAGAAACAUUCUUGCCUUCUAUGCUGGAAACAUGCAUGGUUACCUGCGUCCAAUCUUAUUGAAGUACUGGAAAGACAAAGAUCCUGACAUGAAGAUCUUCGGUCCUAUGCCUCCUGGUGUUUCCUCGGGUGGUUGA